AUGGCAUCGAAGGACAUAGUACAUCCGCAACCAGAGCGCCGGCACGGGUCGGAAACUCACGAAUUUACCAUGCCUCUCUUAUCUCCUACAUUGACACCAUCCCAUAUUCCAUCGCAAACGCCUCAAAUUCCUCCGGAAGUGCCAGCAGAAGUCAGGGAUCGCUUGCCCCUUCCUGAAACGUUGCCUGUGGUGAAAUGCAUGGCGAGAGCUCGUAUACCGACCACUCAGGGGCCGGAGAUAUUUCUCCAUUUGUACGAGAAUAACGUUGACAAUAAAGAGCAUUUGGCUAUUGUUUUUGGGGAAGACGUGCGUUCGAAAACGCUCUAUCAGAAACGUCCCAAUGAGACCCAGCAAGAUAGAAUGACUCGUGGUGCUUAUGUGGGCAGAUUGUUUCCUGGAAGAACCGAGGCAGACUAUGACAGUGAGUCUAAUUUGAGAUUGAAUUUCGAUGAAAAUGGCCAACUUAUCAGAGAUCCAAGUACCACCUGUAGUGGUGAGCCCAUUUUGGCCCGUAUUCAUUCGGAAUGUUAUACGGGGGAAACCGCAUGGAGUGCUCGUUGCGAUUGUGGAGAACAAUUCGAUGAAGCUGGUCGGUUAAUGGGUGAAGCUGGGCACGGGUGUAUCGUGUACCUUCGUCAGGAAGGUCGUGGAAUUGGACUUGGGGAAAAGUUGAAGGCUUAUAAUUUGCAAGACUUGGGAGCGGAUACCGUCCAGGCCAAUUUGAUGUUACGACAUCCUGCUGAUGCGAGAUCUUUUUCGCUCGCUACAGCCAUACUCUUGGACUUGGGGCUCAACGAGAUCAAGUUGUUGACCAACAAUCCCGAUAAAAUUGCUGCAGUUGAGGGAAGAAACAGAGAGGUCAAGGUAGUGGAACGGGUGCCUAUGGUGCCGUUGGCAUGGAGAAGUGAGAAUGGAAUCAAGUCAAAAGAGAUAGAGGGCUACUUGAGUGCUAAGAUUGAAAGGAUGGGGCACUUGCUUGAAAAGCCACUCAAGAUAUGA